AUGCUGUUCCUUGACUACAGCUCUGCGUUCAGCACCAUUAUACCCUCCAAGCUUGUCACCAAGCUUAAGACACUGGGUCUGAACACCUCCCUCUGCAACUGGAUCCUGCACUUCCAGACCGGCCGACCCCAGGUGGUGAGGGUACCGGUGCAUGUCAAGAGGUACCGGUGCAUGUCAAGAGGUACCGGUGCAUGUCAAGAGGUACCGGUGCAUGUCAAGAGGUACCAGUGCAUGUCAAGAGAGAAUGUUGUGGAAGAAGACACCUCUGCUGAGCUCUCUGUUGGUGAGCUGCUGACCAGAGCCAACAGGGACCUCACCCCCGAAGCCGAUGAGCCUACUCUGAUGGGAGACAUUGCCAUUCCCUCGGAGAAGAACGCUGACCCCUGCACCGCCCGCGGAUGUCUGUGGCAAAAGUACAGUGACGGAAACAUCUGGGUGCCCUACGUUAUUGCCAACCACUUCUCAUCUCGCGAAGUAGCUAUCAUCCUGCGGGGUCUUGACUCCUUUGCCGAAACCACCUGCAUCCGCUUCUUCCAGCGCCAGAAUGAAAGGGACUACCUCAGCAUUGAGUCUCGCAGCGGAUGUUACUCCUAUGUUGGCCGUCAGGGUAAUGCCCAGACUGUGUCUCUGGCCCGUCAGGGCUGCCUGUACCACAGCACCGUCCAGCAUGAGCUCCUCCACGCCCUGGGCUUUAACCACGAGCAGACCCGCAGCGACCGUGACAACCACAUCCAUGUCUACUGGGAGGACAUCAUUGAUGACAUGAAGUACAACUUCGACAAGAUCGCCACUCUGAACCAAGGAACUCCCUAUGACUACAACUCUGUCAUGCAGUACGAGAGGUACGCCUUCUCCAAGAACAACCGCCCCACCAUGGUGCCCUUCCCCGACAGCAACGUGUCUUUCGGCGAGGCCACUCAGAUGAGCAAGAACGACAUCGACAGGCUGAACAGGCUGUAUGGCUGCUGCACCUGCACGUUUUCUGACUUGUCUGGGUGGAAUGGCCCUAGACCUCACCCUCCGAUCCAGCAGGUCCCAGACGUGCUCAAUGGGAUUGACAUCCGGGCUUUUCGAUGUCCAUGGCAGAACACUGACAUUCCUGUAUUGCAGGAAAUUAUGCACAGAAUGAGCAGUAUGGCUGGUGGCAUUGUCAUGCUGGAGGGUCAUGGCAGGAUGAGCCUGCAGGAAGGGUGCCACGUGAGGGAGGAGGAUAUCGUCCCUGUGCUGCACAGCGUUGAGAUUGCCUGCAAUGACAACAAGCUCAGUCCGAUGAUGCUGUGA